AUGCUCGCUACUGCUCAACGUCUCCCGCACGACGUUCUGUGCGAGCUCUUCGAGCAUCUCGCAGCCGUAGAUCCUGCGGGUCUACAACCUGAGGCCGACCGGCGCUCCCUGGGAUGGAUCAUCGCCACGCACGUAUGUGCACGCUGGAGAGAGGUCGGCCUCAGCAUGUCAGUUCUCUGGGCCGAUGUGGUAUGCACGUUCCCAAGCGUGGCCAUUGCGGACGAGCUGCUUGUACGCGCGCGCGACUGUCUCCUGUACAUCGCCGUCGGUCCUCGGGCUCGUGUUCGUUAUUUUAUUCCCGUCAGCUGGGGCAUGAAACACCUUCGCCGAGCUCGCACAUUCCGCUGCCAUAUUGACCGAUGGUCGACUUUCACCGACAAUCACAGUGAAGCGUACUCGGCGCUUACGGAAUCGACGCUUCCAUUCCUUCAGCAUCUUCAUCUCUUCUAUAACGCAAAGACAGAGCGCGACGAUGCCCUCCCGACCUUGCAACUCAAGUGCCCAUCUCUGCUCGGAGCUCACUUUCGCAAUAUCCUACCACAUGCAUCCUUUGCAGAGUCCGCGAGCGCUCUGAGUCGCCUCUGCUUGGAUAUAGGACAUAACGCGCCCUCUCACGACUUGUCAUCGGGGUUGUCAACUCUACGUGACAUGCCUUGUUUGGAGCAUUUCGAAUUGCACAUCAGGGCAUACAACGCCGGCCCGCUCUUCAGUCGCGGUAUCGUGCGCGUCGAGAAGCUGAAGACGCUGCACGUAUCCUGCAGCAACGUGCUGCACGCAUCCGACAUGCUCCAGUUCCUCUGCGUGCCACAUAUCGUCGAUACCUCGAUCGCCAUCAGAUCGAAACUGCGAGACGGGGACGACAGCGUCUUUACCAGGGUGCUGGUACAGCAGCCACAGGCGCUGCGUACUGGAUCCAUCUCUGUCUCUGCGUCUUCUUUGAAGCUCGAGAGCAGCGACGGGCCGGAUCGCGCGACCUUCAGCCUCACCUGGUGGCCUCGAGCUCCGUGGGGUAUGAACAGCGUCCUGACCUAUCCCGAGAUCCUGUCCGCACUCCCACGUCACAUGGACCUAUCCAGCUUCACCAGUUGUGCUCUUUGGUUCCCGGAUCCGAGUCCCGACGGACGAGGUGCCGGUGCCGGUGCCGCGCUGGCUGGUCUUCGGCAGGCGUUGAGGUCUGUCGAGACUUUAACGCUACACAACGCGUAG